AAAUGUUACCGUUAAUCCCGGAAAACCCAAAAUUAAAGAAUCUAGCCGUUGCAUUCGCACUACUUUACUUUCGAUGAUUUUCUCGAAGCCCUAAAAAUCUAUUUCUUCCACCUCCUCAUCGCACAUAACUCAGAAACCGCUUUUCGUCUGGGAAAUUCAUAAUUUUCUUACUUGCCAAACAGAAAAUUAGAUAGAAUCUUUACUGGGUUUGGAAGCACAUCGUAGUAAUGGCUUCAAAAACGGCGACCAAAGACAUCAUCACUUUGCGUGGCUCCGCCGCCAUUGUCAGCGAGUUCUUCGGAUAUUCAGCAAACAGCAUUCUGUACAAUCGCGGAGUAUAUCCUGAAGAAAGCUUUGUGAAGGUGAAGAAAUAUGGAUUGCCAAUGUUGCUUACUCAAGACGAGGGCCUCAAAUCCUUCAUUGCCAACCUAACCGCUCAGCUUUCUGAAUGGCUGGAAUCUGGAAAGUUGCAAAGAGUUGUUCUUGUUAUAAUGAGCAAGACCACCAGUGAGGUUCUUGAGAGGUGGAACUUCAGCAUUGAGACUGAUAGCGAGGUUGUCGAGCAGGGCGUGUCGAGGGAAAAGAGUGACAAGGAAAUCAUGAGGGAGAUUCAGGCAAUCAUGAGGCAGAUUGCUUCGAGCAUCACUUACUUGCCAUGUCUUGAUGAACCCUGUGUGUUUGAUGUGUUGGCAUACACGGAUAAAGAUGUUGCAGUCCCAUUCACUUGGAUCGAGAGUGAUCCGAAACUGAUUACAAAUCCAGAAAUAGUAAAACUGCAUUCCUUUGACACCAAGAUUCACAAGGUUGACACUCUAGUGUCGUACAAGAACGACGAAUGGGACGAGCAGUAAGAGGAGGGGGAUGGUAUCCAGUAUCCAUGUUUCGUGGACUUCUGGUAUUGUGAAUCUUUUAUUCACAAUUUGUUAGAACGGUUCGGGCGAGGAUGAAAAUUUGUGCGCUGAUGUAUUUUCGUCUUGGUGUUUUCGACAUGGGAGUUGGAUAUUCAUUUCGUACCAGACAAGUCAUCGGAUGUAUUAGUUUCCAUAUAUAAAAUAGAUUCUGUUGUGCC